AAAUUUGAUUCAGAACCCUGGCCCUAUUAAUUUAAUCAAUUUUUACUUCCUAUUUUAUAUUUGACACAUAUUAUUUAGUUUUUAUUUUCUAAACACGCAAAGUGAAUAUUCUCUAAUUUGACGAAGAAAUCACAAUUAUUUUAAAAAAGUGAAAGUUUUUAGAAAUAAUCAAUAAAAAAAAAAAAAAAAAAAAAAUAGUAACAAUUAAUCGAUUUCUGAGUGUUUUUUUGCACAUGUGAAACCCUUUUAAAAGUGUGACUUGCUCGUAAUUUUUAUUUUUGUUCUACUUCUGUCAGAAACACGUGGCAAUACUGUCAACCAUUUCCCCAUCUCUCUCUUCUUUAGAAUAUAACGUUUUUAUCCCUCCCCACUUUUUUUUUUUUUGACGUUUCUCGCUGUGGGGAUAUAAAGGAAAAAGAAAAAAAAAAAAACUAAUUUACUCCCUGGUGGUUCAAUGUUUUGAGACAGUUCAUCCGGAAAUACGACAAUCAUGUCAAAUGACAUGAAUAAUAUAAUCAAAAAAAGACCAAUCGCGACUUGUGCGAAUGUUUCGUAUCAAGAUCACAAUGUUUCACGUGUUAAAAGAGGCGAAGCAUUAGGAUUUACAAAUGGAUUUCGUGGAUGUACCGUUUGGUUAACUGGAUUGUCGGGUGCGGGAAAAACAACGAUAUCAUUUCAAGUUGAGGCAUAUUUAAUAAAUCGUGGUAUUGCCUCAUAUGGUUUAGAUGGCGAUAAUAUAAGAACGGGAUUAAAUAAAAAUUUAGGAUUUAGCGAGGAGGAUCGCACGGAGAAUAUAAGAAGAGUUGCCGAAGUUGCAAAAUUAUUUGCCGAUAGUGGACAAAUUUGUUUAUGCAGUUUUGUAUCACCAUUUGAAAAUGAUCGACAAAUGGCAAGGGAAAUUCAUGAGGCGGCGAAACUUCCAUUUUUUGAGGUAUUCAUUGAUACGCCACUCGAUGUAUGUGAGGCACGCGACACAAAGGGACUCUAUAAACGUGCGAGAUUAGGACAAAUAAAAAAAUUCACCGGUAUCGAUCAGGAAUAUCAAAUUCCGGAAAAUUAUGAUUUACGUGUUAAAACGGAAAAUUGUACAAUUGAAGAAUCGGCAUCAAUUGUCAUUGAUUUAUUGGAGGAGAAAAAAAUUAUUCCCGUUCUUCCAAAACCAUGGACAACAAUUGAGGAAUUAUUUAUUUCUAAAUCAAGAUUAUCGUCAUUAAAAUCGGAAGCUGAAUUAUUUCCAAGUCUUGAAAUUUCAGAAAUUGACGUUCAAUGGUUACAAAUUUUAGCUGAAGGAUGGGCAGCGCCUUUAAAAGGAUUUAUGCGAGAGGAUCAAUAUUUAGAGGUACAACAUUUGAAAACAUUAACGGAAAAUGGAGUGGAAGUGAGUCAAUCGAUUCCAAUUGUUCUUGCGGCAAGUGAUGAGGAUAAAAAUCGUCUUGAGGGACAAUCGGCAAUUUGUUUACGCUAUAAGGGCAAAUGUUUGGCAAUAAUGGAUAAUCCUGAAUUUUAUUUUCAUCGUAAAGAAGAAAGAUGUGGAUGGCAAUUUGGUACAACAAAUUCAAAGCAUCCUUAUGUGAAAAUGAUUCUUGAUUCUGGCGAUUGGCUAGUGGGCGGUGAAGUGGAAGUAUUUGAAAAAAUUCGUUGGAACGAUGGAUUAGAUGAUUAUCGAUUGACGCCAAAUGAAAUAAAACUCAAAUGCAAAGAAAUGAAUGCCGAUGCAAUAUUUGCAUUUCAAUUGAGAAAUCCAAUUCAUAAUGGACAUGCACUUCUUAUGCAGGACACGAGAAGGAGACUUUUAGAGGAGAAGGGAUACAAAAAUCCUGUUUUGCUUCUUCAUCCAUUGGGCGGAUGGACAAAAGACGAUGACGUUCCAUUAAAAGUACGAAUCGCACAGCACAAAGCAGUUCUCGAUGAUGGAAUUCUCGAUUGGAAUUCAACUUUAUUGGCAAUUUUUCCAAGUCCCAUGAUGUACGCUGGACCAAUUGAGGUUCAAUGGCACGCGAAAGCGCGAAUGAAUGCAGGGGCAAAUUUUUAUAUUGUCGGAAGAGAUCCAGCGGGAAUAACUCAUCCAAAUACAAAUUCAACACCCGAUGGAAAUUUAUAUGAUCCAACACAUGGAGCUCGUGUAUUGUCAAAGGCAAGGGGUUUAAGAACAUUGGAAAUUAUUCCAUUUCGCGUUGCUGCAUACGAUGUGAGAAAUAAAAAAAUGACAUUUUUCGAGAAGGAAAGACAACAGGAUUUUCAAUUUAUAUCGGGAACACGAAUGAGAAAUAUCGCUAGAAAUAAUCAAACGCCACCCGAUGGUUUUAUGGCGCCAAAAGCAUGGAAAAUACUUGCCGAGUAUUAUCAAAAUUUAAAUUCCUAGCAAGAGUUUUUAUAAUUUUUUUUUUUUAUCACCUUCAGAAAAUAAUUGUAAAAAGAAUUUCUUUUUUUUUUCCACUAAUAUUUUAAUUUACGCAAAAUAAUUUUGCAAUACCUUCUUUUUUUUUUUUAAAUUUAAUAACUUAUAUUUUUAUAGAAAAAAAAAAAAACAAUUUUUAUAAAAGAGCGUUUUUUGUAAUGGAUUUUUUUUUCUCGGACACAUAGGCAAUUUUUUUUUUUUUUUAUUUAGGGGCAAUUAUUAAAUAAUUUAAUGG